AUGAUGACAGUGGAAUCGGACCGAAAUUUCUUCCUAAUAAAAGACGGCUACCGGUAUUUUAUCGUCCUAUUGGCUUUGCUAUGCCUAACCUCCAUCUCCGCAAAUGUGCAAGCCUUCAACAUGGUGAUUGUUUGUAUGUCGCCAAAAGAAAAUACUACAGUAAGUGCGAUUUUUUGCGAUUUUCUUGGGCUUUUUGUCCAAAAAUUUGAGAAAAAAGAUGUUUUUAAAAAUUUCCUUGCAAUAUAAGACUUUUUAGGCGACAUCCCAUCCAAUUAUCCCCUAUUCCAUCAACGACCAAACAUAUUUGAACUGGGCUGUCGGAUUUGGGAGUGCGAUCGGAACGUUCCCGUUCAGUGUCGCCUAUACGAGAUGGGGAGCCAAGUAUAUCAUCGGAGUGGUUGGGAUGAUCUCCGCGCUUCUGUGUAUUGUCACGCCAUUCGCCGCUGAAUGGGGGUUGUGGUCGUUCUUCACCAUCAGACUGCUUCAUGUAAGUUUUUCACCGGGUUUUGGGAGAGUUUGGCUUUUCCGAUAAUUUUUGCGACAUUCCGUCACAUCUCUGAAAAAUUGGUAAAAACGCAAAUAGGACAAAACGAAACCGUCAAAUUGCAUGGAAAAUCGCCUUUGCAAUUAAUUUUUUCAAUAAUUUACAAUUUUAAAUUUUCCAAUAAUUUUUGUGACAUUUCGUCGAAUCCUAAAAAACGUUUUCUAGGUAUUUUAGCACACACAGAAGUCAUUCAGCACAUCAGUAAACGAAUUUUAGACAAAUUAAUUUUUCCAAUAAUUUUUGUGACAUUUCGUCGAAUCCUAAAAACGGUCUCUAAAUGAUUUUAUUGCACACACAGAAGUUAUUUAGCACAUAGUAAACGAAUUUGGACGACUUUGUUUUUCCAAUAAUUUUUGUGACAUUUCGUCCAAAAAUUGAAAUUGCUUUCAGGGACUUGCGUAUUCCGCUGAUUUUGCCGCUAUUGGACUGCUUUGUACAAAAUGGGCGCCAUUGAGUCAGAAUGCCUUCUAUGUAUCAACACUUACAUCAUACUCUUCCUUGUCGUCGUUGCUGAUGUUCGCUAUCAGUGGAUUCGUAAGUUUCUAGUUUUCGUCGCCAUUGGGAAUUUCUCUUAUAAAUAUUAGUCUGCCGGGAAAAUAAUGAUUACAAUUUUGCUGCGCCAAUCGUUUCGCUGAAGUGAAAAAAAAAAUAGAUUUUUUUGCGACACAACUCGUUUUCUCAGCGGCGAUGCGGUUUUCUAUGCGACUAGUGGUCAUUAUUUUCCCGACAGACUGAUAUGUAACUAACGAACUUUUUGGUACUCCCGAGACAAAAAAGUCUUGAUAUUAUGCAUAAUCUUCGGGUCCAAAGCUCUGAAAAAAAUUCCGUGUACUUUAUGAAAAUUCAACUAUCUCAGCGCCGCAUUUCGAAAAUAAUGCUCAUUAUUUUCCCGACAGACUGAUAAACCUAAACAAAAAUAUUUUUCGUUAUUUUCCAGAUGUGUGAGUCCUAUUUUGGCUGGCCCUUGAUCUACUAUACUUGUGCGGGAGCCGGCGUAUGCCUCUUUGUUCUGUGGUUCAUCUUCUUCGACGACCAUCCCGAAGACUCAAGAUUCACCUCCGCCCUCGAAGUCGAGAUCAUCCAAGAGGGCAAGGGCGACGAGGAGAUCCAUCAGAUCAAGUCGAUGCCCUACAGGAAGAUCCUGACGAACCCGGUGUGCUGGACGAUUUGGUACAACUCGUUCGCCGAGAUCGCGACCAGCUUCUUCUUAUACUCGUUUGUCGCGAAAUUCCAUCGAAAUGUCCUCGGGUUUUCGCUGCACACAGCCGGCUUGAUGUCCGCCCUGCCCUCAUGCAUCUACAUCCCGCUUCGUAUUUCGAUGGGAUACGUCAACGACAAGAUUACGGUGAUCCCCAACCGCCUGAAGAUGAUCAUUUUCAACUCGAUCGCCUUGAUCUGCCCGGCAUUUGUCUACAUUGCCGUAGGCUUUUUCGGCCGAGACUUGCGAGUGCUCGCGGUGACCUGCUUUGUUACGAUCUAUGUGUUCUACGCGUUCAGUGGUGGCGGGUUCUACAAAUGCGCGACGCUCUCGGCAAGACAGUACAGUCAUUUUGUCAUCGCGAAUAUUCAAUUCAUCAAAUGUAUCACGCUGUUCGCGGGACCGGCUUUGUUUGAAGCCGCUGUUCACGACGAAAGCGACCUGUCGCAAUGGCGAACCGCCUUUCUGGUGAUUGCGGGUGUGCUGUUUUCGGUGAGUUGGUCAGAAUUUCAAUAUCAUUUUGUCGGGAAAAUAAUGGGAACUUUCGCAUUGAAAAUAGCAUCGCCGUCGGGAAAAUGAAUUGUGCCGCGGCAAAAUCAACUUUCUUUUCAAUUGAGUGAUGCGAUUGGCGCAGCGACAUUGUGUGCUCAUUAUUUUCCCGACAGACUGAUAGUAUGCUUUUUGAGUAUAAUUCGAAAAAUCGCUACAAUAAUUUCUUGUAAAAUUUGCAUUUUUUCAGGCCGGUAUCCUCUUCAAUUUCAUGGCCACAGACAAGCCUCAGGCGUUUACGGGUGCUCAGGACAUCAAAUAUGAGCCAAGGAGGAGUCAAAUCCACAAGUUGAGCGACUUGAAAUAG